GAAUGUCUUGUGGUUGCUGAUGCCUUCUUGGUGGCGCCCUAAAUGGCAGAUGUCACAAUUGAUGCCAAGUGAGGGAUUGGUGUGAACAUCAUCGUGCUGGCCGAUGAUGCUAGCACUCAAGCGAUUGCUCUUAACAGCACUGUCUGUAAACCUCGCUGAGCUGAGAAAGAAAACUCGGGUGGUGGUGCGGGCAACAUUAGCCCUUCACCAUUGUACUAAUCUCAGUAUGUCUUACCUAGUAGAAUAUUGAGCCUGUUCCUUUUCUUCAAGCGGACAGCUUGUUUUUCGCAAGAGCUUGGACUCGCAUCAGAAGAAUGGAGGGAGCGGCGUCUAGGGACCAAGAGCAUGAUGUACAAGACAAUGGGCAAGUCUCGCAUCAUAACAUGCCUUCAAGCAUGUCUGCUUCAGAGCAGGGGCUAAGCAAUGUCACACACAAAUCUCCCUCAAAAGUGACCCCACCAAUUGCCACUCCAAGCCCCGGCCCAAACAAGGAAGGACUGGAUACAAGCCCCCCAUCCUCCAGCCAGAUGACUAGCACGUCUCCGUCCAGCGUGGGCCGCUCAAUCACGUCUGCUCUUGCUGCUGCUAUUCCAUCCUUCAAUGGGGGUUUCUUGCGGUCGAGCACACCAUCGAGUGUGGGAAUUGAGGGCGCCCCCGAACGUUCUUCUACAGACCAGGCCCAGCAGAACUCAGGUACCGAGAAAGCAUCCAAGUCGUCCCAGGAGGAGAGUCAUUCAUCUGCGGCUGAGAGGCUCUCGCCGGAAGUGAGGAGCGACGAGGCGUCUGUCACCAAUCCCUCCUCGGCUCUUGCACCUUCAAACCAGCCAAGCUUGCAGACCUCAACAGGGUCUGCAAGCACGUCCUAUCUUCCUUCUCCGGCCUCCAUAAGUUCCUUUUUCUCCUCGGGGUCCAAACCAAAGAGCACCUCUCAAGCGCCCAGUACGCCCCUCCAAACCACAACUCCCCCUCCAACAGAGUCUGCCAACUAUGCCCCUAACCCGACAACUUCCUCAAAAGCCCCAGAGAAGGAGACAAGCACUCCUUCGGUUGAGGCAAGCACGUCGCUUUCAGGCACAACGGGUGGUUCGGAAGCUCCGCUUUUGCGCGAACCGCCUGUUUCCAACGAUAACCCAAGCUCCGCAAAGUCAGUGUCUCCAGCCACUAGUACGCCUCCAGUAUCCUCCCUCACGGCCCUGAUGAACACCGCAGUACCAUAUCUUACGCCUGCUUCAAGAAAGCCGUCCAAACCGGUUGUUUCGCCAGAAGUAGGGCCAGUCGAGAAGCCUGCUGUUCCACCACAACUUGAGGGCGCCCAAGGGACUGAGAGCGGUAAAGACAGGGUGACAUCAGCAAGUGGGGCGUCUCUAGGGAUGAGCACUUCGGCUGCCGACCAAACGCCUAGCGAAGGCCCCACAGUUUCUAAUGUCACUUUCACCUCACUCUCGUCAGGAGUCGACGGCCCGGCAGCUUCCUACCAAAGGGACGAGUCUCCGAACCCCUCUUCAAUAGCAGCUCCACCAGGCUUCUCCGCUCCCCCUAGCUCCUCUUCCCAGGACAAUUCCCUGAACCCCUGCCUGACCUCCCCGCAAGGCCCCCAACCCGUCGUCUCCCCGUCUGAGACCCCCCCGAAUACCUCACACAUUCCUCAGCCCGAAAAAAGCGCCCAGGAGACUCCCCCGAGCACUUCUUCUCAGGAGGCCCAGCCCGCCAAUCCCGCCCGGGAGAUCCCCCCGGGUACUUCCCCCCAGCCCGUCACCUCACCUGCAACGGUUCCUGCGGACCCCUCAGAAGGCCCUCAGCCCGGUGCAGCCGCCCGGGAGAUUCCCACGAGCACUUCCUCUCAGGCACCCCACCCCCCCGCCUCCGCCCAGGGUACUUCCCCGGGCACGUCCUACCUGUCCCUGCCCUCCUUCCUCCCGUCCUGGUCGACAAUCACCGCCCAGUUACCAUCCAUCCCGAGCGCCCCUUUCACCAGCAAAGAACCGGAAGCCACCCCUGGGACAAAGGCGCCCAGAUCGGGGGCUCCUUCGGUUUCCGGCUCGGGCAGGGUAGCAGAUGUUGGUCUAGAAUCAGCUCCUGGCCAACGACCCAAUCCUCCUAUGUCCGGCUCCGUUUCUGAGUCCGGUCCUCCUUCUCAGCCUCCUCAAAACCCCGGAACUUCCGGUUCCGUUCCGUUCAGUAGCGCCAGAACGGAACCCCCCUCAGUUGCAUCUCCGUCCUUCGCUUCGGAGGCACCAAACAAGCAUGCGGCGGAUGUUUCGAAACCAGGGGGUAAGCAGCAAGAGCUUCCCAGGCGUGAGCUCGACCCCCCCGGCGCAGUGGCGGCGGACGAAAUUGCGGCGGGGAUCGCGGGGGUGUUUGGGCCAGUGACGCGAGAGGCGGAUAAGCAAGUGGAGGCGGCGCUGAGGAGUCAGGAGAAGCUGGCACUGAGCAUCGACCGCCUGACGAAAGGCCUGGACAAGCUGCUGGAGGAAUCGCCCCAGCCGCUGGUCGCUCAGCAGGCGGCCCGGCUGGCGCACAUCCGGAAGCGCGUCCAGUCGCUCGCGUCCACGCUCAAGGUCAUCCAGGGCAGGAUCGACAGCAUGAACUGGGCGCUCGACCGCAAAAGUUUGAGGGGCCCGUUUUCGAGAGCCCGGAGCGCCACUGCUCCAAAUAGUCCGCACAGCUACCAGCCGGGCAUUGCACCGUUUCAGCAGAUUCGACAACACGUCGCCAAAAGCAGGGUGGGCAGAGGGGAGGGGGAUCAUCCUCAGCUUCCGACGAGUUGGCGACCAGAGCCCUCGGGGAGUACCGGCAGGGUCGCCCAAGCUGGAAGCAGCCGAGGUGGGGAGAUGGCCGACCUGUCUCGAAUCGCACAAGGAAGGCCGUCGUCGAAGAGUCCAGACAAGGGGCACCGGCGCGCAAUGAGUCACGACGUACGGUUCAGUACAGCCCUGUCGAGCAAAAGAUAGACGCAAGAUUCUUUGAGUUUGGGUCUGCACGAUGGUACUCUGAAGGGAAGAAGAGACCACAGGCUGAUAUGAUCUGAUGCCUGGACGGCGAACAAGCCGGCCGCCAUGCUGUAGGAGCAGUGCAGGAAACGUGCAGAAUUGAACGCAUACCGCAAAUAGGUGCACAUUUUCGUGGCACGGUGGCUGACCCAGCCCCGAAUAGUUGAUCGAACCUGCAUGGCACAAUUGGGAUCAUGCAAAGCGAACUAUAUUAUAACGUUGUGUGCGGUCCGUCAAUCAGGG